UUUAGAUACAUUUUUGCUCAAUUUUUUUAAAGAUAGUCAACCGCCAUGGCACUGAACCGACCAAUCAUCAGCACCAAGGCAGGAACCACGACAAGCGUCGUACUUGGAUAUGAUAAGAUCCCAAAUUCAACAACAUAUCAUGCUACGUUUGAAUUGAACAUGCCAAAGAAAAUAAUAUGCAGACAACGAAGGUUUCAACUGCCACCCUCUGAAAUUUUUCAUCGAACAGAGCGAAAAUGCCCUUUGACCGUUCAUCAAGCAUCAUUCGGAGACACGCCCAGUUUUUUAACCAAUCAAGUUUAUCAGCAAAGGAAAUGCGAACUAAAGAACAUCAUGGGCAUACAUUUAUUGAAAUCGGUGCCAAUUGGGCCACGUCAGCCAUCUGAUUCUCUGCAUUCUUACGUUACCAAUACGUCACAAAUGCGAACAGAUUAUAUGGAUAGACAUCACGCACUACAUGACUGGACUAAAGUCCAGCAACCAGGAUUACCCAAGCUCCCGCCCAUAAAGAACGCCCCAUGCAAGCAAGGGCAUCUUCGUUGGUACGGACACAAGACAGAAGCGGCGUAUCAAUUCCAAUGGCCAGGAAAAGAUGGAUCAAAUAUAAAUCAAGUCAAGUUUAGAAUAAUCAAAUAAUUUUGUACAAUUUACAAAAUAAAUCAGUGUUCCCUUUGGUAUAAAUUGUGAUCGUAUCAUUACAUUUUCGUGUAGUGCAGUUUUAGAACAAUAAAAAUAGAAAAAUAUGGAAAUGAAAGACAAAUUUUGAUGAUUUUAGCUGUAGGUAAGUAGCUGAAAUGUAAUUUUAACAAUAUAUAUUUGUUGGUUAUAAUAUUAGAACAGUAAGGAAAGGGGGAAAUUGGAGAUUUUCAAAUUUCGCCGAUUAUUGCUGUGUCAGGGGUCUCCAACAUGC